UAAAGUUAAAAAGAAAUGUGUGGUAUGUAUAUUUUACAAUAAUUGCUAAGUUUAUUCCUCAAUUAUCACAUUGAAUAGUGACUAUUACACUACUUAUUGAAGACAAAAAUCAAUUUCGUCAUCAUUAAAAUUGGUUUAUCCGUUUUAUGUAAUGAAACAACGAUGUUUCAUAAUCUUCUGUUUUAUAAAACUGGUCUAUUCAACUAGGAACUUCUGUACACUGGAAUUGUUAUCUAUAUAUUCCAAGAAAUUGUAGGCACUAGGCAAAGUAUUUGCUUAUCAUAUUCCAAGAAACUGUAGAAUAAAAGUCAUGUUGGUAUUUCCAAAGAAUUUAUGGGAGAAAUUUUUUACUAAACGCUUCCUUUCACUAUGGAAAUAAUUUUUUCUUUAUGAAAAGGAGGAUGUUUGUCAUUAAAAAGCAAUCAAAAUAACUCUGAGAAAAAGUUCAUCAAUCUUUACGAAAUCAUCAUGCAGUCUAUUGUCUCAACUGAUAAUACUAUUAUGAAUUAGAUCCAAUGAAAUCCUUCAAUAUUAGAGGCAGUCAAGAAAUGCUUCUGCUUUUUUAACGAGAAAACAAAUAUUAAUCAAGUCUUGUAAGCAAUCUGCAUGGAAAACAAUUUUGUUUUUGGAUGUAUAUUUAUGUAAUUUCAGUAAGUAAAUCACAUUUAAUACACUGUUCUAGUUGGCAUAGUAGAAAGUAUGAAGUCAAAUUGUAGAGUAAUGAGUCGGGUGUAGACUUUUUUCUUCAUUCAAAUCUAACAUUUUAAAUUAUCAUUUCACUUGUUCAAGACCUGUAACACUUGGAUGUGUAAUGCACAUAUAAACACUAACAAUAUAUGAUGAGAAUGAUCACUCUUAGCAAUAAACACGUACUCUACAAUGUUAAAUUAAACACUAUCAUAUUGCAAGAACACUAUGAAAAAUGUGCAUUCUGUAUUAAAAGUACGUGGUGAGAUUGUUACUCUACUGUCUACACUCUGUAUUUUCCAUAAAUUCUGGCUUUUUGUAAUCUUUUGUAUUCUUUUUGUAAUCUUUUGUAAUCCGAGUGCUAGACAGGAAGACAAACAUUGCUUCGAACUAUGAAUUCAUUAAAAGAUUGUCGCUUGGGAAAAAGGCGGAACUGUGAGGAAGUCUAUCAAUUCAGAGAAAAGUGCAUUCAAGUUUGAAUAAAUUCUCCAAUAUUUUUUGGUUUUAACCAUUUGUGUAACCAUGUCAUCGUUGAUCUCUGGUUUAUUAAGCUCAACUGUCGGCUUAUUGUUAAAUAAAGCUCGAGAUAGAACUGCAGACAAGCUACAAGAUGGUGAUGUUAUUGAUGCAAAAAUACGGAAGAUUGUUGUGAGAGAGUUGGACGACAUUAAAACAAAAUUAAAUGGUCUUUCACGAAAAGAUCUUCUCAGCAGUUACAGUUUCUUAAAGGAAGCUAUUCAUCUUGUUUAUGAUUGCCUCGAGAACUAUGAUGAAUCAAAAGAAGAAAAUAAAACUGAGUCUAACGUGAUGACUGAAGCUUGCUCACUGGACGCGGGUGAGUCUUCUGGCAGAGGGAAAUUUGAAAUCUUGAAUGAGACACAAAAAAUCACUCAGGCUUUUGGCAAAUUACAGGUUGAGUCAAGUGAGAAAUUUAAAACUGCUAAGAAAGGAUUUCAGAACGCGUGUAAGGAAGCGACGCGAGCAUUUUGCAACGAAAGUUUAUCGAUAGACGAUAGAAUCUUUGCUGCAAAACUUCGUAUUGUUUCAAAGCUUUUGGAAUGUAUUGAAUGUCACGAAUCAGCCAUUACUUCGUGUUUAUUGUUCUUAGAUGAACUUCAUACAUUACCUGGCGUUCGUGAAAUAUUUAAUGUUUACAUUACUCGUGGACCACGAUCAUUGUUUAAAAAAUCUGAACGACUAGAAAAUGUGAGAUCAGUCAUGCUCAUAAACUAUGUGUUGUAUCAAUUUAUUAUGGAGACACGCAGUAAAUAUCAUUCCGCUCUGAAUUGGCCAAAAAUUGAACUGACAAGUGAAAGUUUCAACCCUAUUUGGGAAUGGCAUAGGAUAUCAAACAGAAAUUCAUGGGGUAAAAAGUUAGUUUCCCCUCCAAACGAUUUUUAUUCACCUUAUUUCCAAGAAAGUGUAAAGUUUCAUGUUAACACACAAGGUGAGAUGGUGUGUUGCGAUAAUGACGAUGUAAAAGUUGUGGGAAAAAAUGGGGAAAUAGAUGUUGUUUAUCAAUUUUCACACACAGAUAUGAACACAGGAAUAGUCGAAGAGCAAGUGAAGGAAUUUUCAUUAGAUGAAAAUGAUAAUCUGUACGUUUUGCGAGAGUCAGUUCAAGAUUUAAAAUGGCGUAAAAAACAUCGUAUUUAUUUACAAAUAUUUAACAAUCAUUUUAUCGUUAAAGGCAAAGUAAGCAUGACAUUUCUUGGUGUUCAAGGAUCAAUUUCCAAUAUUCGCUUGUUUGCUGUAAAAGGAAAGCUUGUGGUAUGCAGGGAAACAAAGGAUAAACGUGUAUACAUUUGUGAUUAUCAUGGGAUAUUGAGAAACCAGUUCACUCCUGAAGUAAUUGCAUCUCAAGAACUUCGUGCGAUGAGCUGUUCGGACGAUAAUGAAAUCAUACUAGCCACAAAACGAUCAAUUUAUAUCUACUUAAUGGAUGGUAGUUUAAAAUCAACAUUAAAUCUCGAAGAAAACAUAUUUGACAUGUCAUUUUACUUUGGCCACGACAAAUUUCUUCUUCUUAAUGAACCAGGUCAUCUUCUGAGCUGCAAUAAAUUAGGAAAAAUUGAAACAUUACAGUGUCAUCAUGAAAAGAUUUUAUGGAUUAGUUCACAUCCAAGUGGAUCAAUUUGUGUCAUCGGGUUCAACGGUUAUGUGAAAUUUAUGUAAUUUGUGUUACAUAACAUGAUUUCUAAGAAAAAAUUUUGAACAUGUUGACAGUUUAUGGUCAUAAAAUUUUCCUGUUUACUUAAUCUUAAAUACUGUAAAUAACAAUUUUAACGAUUUCAUUUCACACUUUCGUGCAAUGCUUUCUAUAUAUCAAGUGGUACGAUCUAAUUGUAAAUUAAUACUGUCUUUUAGCCAGAAACAAGUAUCUCUUUGAUUCUAAACUGACAAAAUUUAUUUAAUCGUGCACAUGUAUUUUAUUCAGAACGUUUCUCUAUAAAUAAAUGAUCACUUACAUAUGAUGUAUAAGAAGUUGUUUAAAAAACACUUUAUAAACACAA